CCCUUUAUCUUCUUCCAGAAAACAACGAAAAAGUCAGUCAGUCAUUCGGAAUUCACCGUGACUUUUCGUUCGUUGUGUUGAAAUGUUCAUAAUGAUUAUGAAACAGACGAUCCAGAACUGAGAAAGACAAGGAUAGUGUAGAAUGAGUAGACACCUCCUCAAGAGAACCUUGAAAUAUCUGUCUGUUGGAGGACUGGGAACAGGAUCAGGCUAUUUUCUGUAUAGAAAUGAUUGGGAGGUUUCUACCAUUGGAGUAGUAAGAUUUGGACGUGCAGCUUUUACUGCAUUAUGGAUUGUAGCUGAUUAUAAGAUACAUUUACGAGGAAUUGAAUAUGAAAGUCCAGAAUAUGAGAAAGUGAAAUCAGAGAUUCAUUCUAGAUCAGCAUUACGUCUGCGUGAACUUUGUUGUUCCAAUGGAGGAGGAUAUAUAAAAGUAGGACAACACGUAGGAUCACUGGAAUAUCUUCUGCCGAUGGAAUAUGUAGAGACAAUGAAAGUUUUACAUAACCAGGCACCACAAACACCUGUUACAGAACUGUUUAAAGUAUUGGAAGAAGAUCUUGGACAAAAGGUACAGGACAUGUUCGUACAGAUAGACCCUGAACCAUUAGGUGCUGCCUCUUUAGCUCAGGUUCAUAAAGCAACUCUUAAAGAUGGAACAGUUGUUGCUGUAAAGAUUCAGCAUCCUAAAGUAAAGAAACAUUCAUUUGUAGAUAUCAAGACCAUGGAGCUUUUGGUUCAUGGUGUGUCUUUUGUAUUCCCUGGUUUUCAGUAUAAGUGGUUAGCUGAAGAAACGAAAAGAAAUUUACCCCUAGAGUUAGACUUUCUACAUGAAGGAAGAAAUUGUGAAAGAGUACAAAGGCUAUUCAAACAUUUUAAAUUUCUAAAGAUUCCUAAUAUUUACUGGGACCUGUCAUCAGAGAGAGUCCUAACAAUGGAGUUCUGUGAAGGAGGCAAGGUGGAUAACAGGGAAUAUAUGAAACAACAUAAGAUAUCUGUUGAUGAGGUAUCAAGAGAUUUAGGCAAGUUGUACAGUGAGAUGAUAUUUGUACAUGGUUAUGUACAUUGUGAUCCACAUCCAGGCAAUGUUCUAGUCAAUAAAACAGCUGAAGGAAACACAGAAAUAGUCCUAUUAGAUCAUGGACUUUAUCAGUCAUUGACAGAUGAGUUGCGUGUAAACUACUGUAAGCUAUGGACCUCUUUGAUUAAGGCUGAUAUGGAAGGUAUAAAAAAGUAUUCUACAGCUAUGAAUGCUGGUGAUAUGUAUCCAUUGUUUGCCUGUAUGCUGACUGCCAGGUCAUGGAAAGCUAUAUCAUCUGGCAUAGAUAAACAACAGUACACCAAGUCAGAGGAUGAUGAAAUAAAAUCAAACGCUGCUGAUUACCUAAUACAGAUAUCUGAGAUACUGAACCGCGUACCACGACAGUUACUUCUCAUCCUUAAAACAAACGAUGUGUUACGAAGCAUUGAGUAUACCUUACAGACAAGAGCAAGUUCAACCUCAUUUAUAAACAUGUCACGGUGUUGUAUACGUGCUGUGGCUAUGGACAGUGAGAGGAAAUGUAACACAUGGACAGGGUGGCUUCAAAUUAGAUUAUCCACACAGUGGCAGCUAUUUAAAAUUGAUAUAUACGAGUUGUUUUUAUGGAUACAGACUUCUUCUGUUGUUAUGUUUAUGAGUAGAAAAAAUAAUGCCAUAGCUUUAUGAUGAAAGCUUUUUAUAGGUUUUUAUAAUAUUUUGAUACCGGUAUUUUAAUUGUGAUUACAAAAAAAAUUCAAACCUUGAAAGAAAGUACAAAUGUUCAAUUAUUUAGACAACAUCUUGCUCUUGUGAAUUGAUGUCAUUUGUUUCAAUGACAAAUAACAAAAUUCAAAGGUUGCAGCUAAGCGAUGCAAAAUAUUGGUUGAAUAUUACUGAAGACAUUUCAAAGCUCAUAAUGUAGACAUAUUUACAACUUACAGAAAAUUAUCAAACAUUGAUCAAAUAUGCGAUCUCCUGUUUGUUGUUGAUUGGGAAAUUAUUAUGAAAAGGACUUUUCUGUCAUUAUAGACACAAUGUAGAAUUUAAUGAACAUCAUUUUUUUAAUGACUUGCAUUUUAAGAAAUGUUUUAAAUUGUUUUAAUAAAUAAGUAAACUUUUUAAUUUUAAUAUGAAUAUAUAAUUUGCAUAUAAAAAGGAGAUGUGAUAUGAUAGCUUGUGUACUCUAUUUAGCCCUGCCUACAGUAGAAGAGGACAUAUCGUUUUGAGGUCAUUGUGUUAGUCUAGUUGUUCCUUAGUCCCUCAAUUAUCAAGCUGAGGUUUAUGGUCAUUUCUAAAGAAAUAACCCUUCGUUUUAUUAUCAUUAUAUAGAUAUGAAAUCAGAGAAGAAAAUAUAUGUGAUUCAUUUUCAAAUGAAAAAUAUUAUUUGUUAUUGUCCAAGGAGAAUCUGUUUAGGGUACAUGGAAAAACUGAGUGUCCACCAAUUGUAUAUCAAGUCAUGUAAGUGUAAGAAUUCUCACUCGAACAAUUCUUUCCCGAUUUUUAUGAAUUUUUUUAUGUAUGUUUAUAUUAACAGUGUCUUGUGUAAAUUAAAAAAUCAGUACACUUAUACAUGUUAAACAAUUUUAUAGGAAUAUAGAUUACUAAAUUGCUUGUAGGACUGUUCUGAAAUCAAUAUCAAAGGUUUAUAUCAGCAAUAUGUGAGACAAAUAUGAAUAUCAAUACAGAUCAACUAUUUUUACAGUUAUGUCCCUUUGAAAUGUAAUUUAAGGCAUACAAGCUCUCUCACAUGCAUACAUUUCUUGUAGGGUAUUAACAAGAAAGAAUGAACCAAUUAAAACAUAUUUUUUUUGAGUUGUUGCUCUUU